UUGCACGUGGGGACAGGAGGUUUUGCUGUGGCCGGGCCCCUGAGCACCACAUUGUAACCUGCCGACGUCUGCACAUCAACAUGGGUAGAGGGAGUGGUGGUGAGAAUGGAGGAAAGAAAAGGAAGAAGGAUGCAAACUUGGAUGAGCUGAAGAAGGAGGUGGCCUUGGAUGACCACAAAAUAUCUGUGGACGAGUUGGGAAAACGCUAUGGCGUAGAUCUCACACAGGGCAUGACACAUGCCAGUGUUGCAGAGAUUCUGGCCAGAGAUGGUCCAAACGCACUGACUCCUCCCCCUACCACCCCAGAGUGGGUCAAGUUCUGCCGUCAGCUGUUUGGUGGCUUCUCCAUCUUGCUUUGGAUUGGUGCCAUCCUCUGCUUCCUGGCCUACAGCAUCCAGGCAGCCACAGAGGAUGAGCCGGCCAAUGAUAAUCUGUAUCUGGGUGUGGUACUAGCCGCUGUUGUCAUCAUCACCGGUUGUUUUUCCUACUUCCAAGAAGCCAAAAGCUCCCGAAUCAUGGACUCCUUCAAGAAAAUGGUGCCACAGCAAGCGAUGGUGAUUCGGGAAGGGGAGAAGAUGCAGAUCAAUGCAGAACUCGUGGUGCAAGGAGAUCUGGUGGAGUUCAAAGGGGGCGACCGGAUUCCUGCUGACGUUCGAGUGAUCUCCUCCAACGGGUGCAAGGUGGACAACUCCUCUCUGACGGGAGAAUCAGAGCCUCAGACUCGCUCCCCGGAGUUCACACACGACAAUCCUCUGGAGACCCGAAACAUCUGUUUCUUUUCCACCAACUGCGUUGAGGGUACAGCCCGUGGCAUCGUUAUAGCCACUGGUGACCGAACAGUGAUGGGUCGCAUCGCCACUCUGGCAUCUGAGCUGGAAGUCCGUCGGACACCCAUCAACAUCGAGAUUGAACACUUUAUCCACAUCAUCACUGGUGUGGCAGUUUUCCUUGGUGUUUCCUUCUUCAUCCUGUCAAUUGUACUGGGUUACACCUGGCUUGAGGCCGUCAUCUUCCUCAUUGGCAUCAUCGUAGCCAAUGUCCCUGAGGGGCUGCUGGCCACUGUGACGGUGUGUCUGACUCUCACUGCCAAGCGAAUGGCCAAGAAGAACUGCCUGGUAAAGAACUUGGAGGCUGUGGAGACUCUCGGCUCCACCUCCACCAUCUGCUCCGACAAGACAGGCACGCUGACCCAGAACCGCAUGACUGUGGCCCACAUGUGGUUCGACAACCAGAUCCAUGAAGCGGACACCACAGAGGACCAGACUGGUUCGUGUUUUGACAAGAGCUCUGGUACUUGGCAUGCUCUGUCUCGCGUGGCUGGCCUUUGCAACAGAGCUGAUUUCAAAGCCGGACAGGAGGACCUCCCCAUCCUGAUGAGGGACGCAGCGGGGGACGCGUCAGAGUCAGCUCUGUUGAAAUGCAUCGAGCUGUGCUGCGGGAGUGUUCGUGACAUGAGAGCCAGAAACCCCAAAGUGACAGAGAUCCCCUUCAACUCCACCAACAAGUACCAGCUGUCUAUCCAUGAAGUGGAGGAGAAUCCCUCUGGUUAUAUUCUGGUCAUGAAGGGAGCGCCAGAAAGGAUCCUGGACAGAUGCAGUACCAUAAUGAUCCAUGGUCAGGAGCAAGUACUCGAUGAAAACUGGAGGGAUGCUUUCCAGGAUGCCUACAUGGAGCUGGGUGGACUGGGAGAGAGAGUGCUUGGAUUCUGCCACUUGAAUUUGCCUUCAUCCCAGUUUCCUCGAGGGUUCAGCUUCGACUGCGACGACAUGAACUUCCCCACCGAGCAGCUCUGCUUCCUGGGUCUCAUCUCCAUGAUUGAUCCGCCGCGUGCCGCUGUGCCUGAUGCUGUGGGUAAAUGCCGCUCUGCUGGCAUCAAGGUGAUUAUGGUAACCGGGGACCACCCAAUCACAGCCAAGGCCAUUGCUAUGGGUGUGGGCAUCAUCUCUGAGGGCAACGAGACAGUUGAAGACAUCGCUGAGAGGCUGAACAUCCCUCUGAGCCAAGUUGACCCCAGGGAUGCCAAGGCAUGUGUGGUGCACGGCUCAGACUUAAAGGACAUGAGCACAGAGUACUUGGACGACCUGCUGAGGAACCACACUGAGAUUGUUUUUGCUCGCACAUCUCCUCAGCAGAAGCUCAUCAUUGUGGAAGGCUGCCAGAGACAGGGGGCGAUCGUAGCUGUGACAGGCGAUGGAGUGAAUGACUCUCCGGCACUGAAGAAAGCUGACAUCGGCGUUGCCAUGGGGAUAGCCGGUUCUGAUGUGUCCAAGCAGGCGGCUGACAUGAUCCUGCUGGACGACAACUUUGCCUCCAUUGUCACUGGAGUUGAAGAGGGUCGUCUUAUUUUUGAUAACUUGAAGAAAUCCAUUGCAUACACGUUGACCAGUAACAUCCCAGAGAUCUCACCCUUCCUCCUCUUCAUCAUCGCAAGUGUUCCUCUUCCUCUGGGAACUGUCACCAUCCUCUGCAUUGACCUGGGCACUGACAUGGUUCCAGCCAUCUCAUUGGCUUAUGAGACAGCGGAGAGCGACAUUAUGAAACGACAACCGAGAAACCCCAAAACAGACAAGCUGGUCAAUGAACGCCUCAUCAGCAUGGCAUACGGACAGAUAGGUAUGAUCCAGGCUCUGGCAGGUUUUUUCACUUACUUUGUGAUUUUGGCUGAAAAUGGCUUCUUGCCAAAAACCCUGGUGGGAAUCCGCCUCAACUGGGACGAUCGUGAAGUCAAUGACCUUGAAGACAGUUAUGGGCAGCAAUGGACAUAUGAACAGAGAAAGAUUGUGGAAUUCACCUGCCACACAGCCUUCUUCAGCAGCAUUGUGGUGGUCCAGUGGGCCGAUCUUAUCAUCUGCAAGACCAGGAGGAACUCCCUAUUUCAGCAAGGCAUGAAGAACAGGAUCCUGAUCUUUGGUCUGUUUGUUGAGACAGCCCUGGCUGCCUUUGUCUCCUACUGCCCUGGGAUGGACGUAGCUUUGCGCAUGUACCCCUUGAAGAUCCUGUGGUGGUUCUGUGCCAUCCCAUAUAGUCUUCUCAUCUUCAUCUAUGAUGAGGUCCGUAAAUUAAUUCUGCGAAGGCACCCAGGAGGUUGGGUGGAGCAAGAAACAUAUUAUUAACAUUCAGAAAAUGUCAGUUUGAACUGUACGCCUGUGUGGACGCUUUCAAGUGUGUUUGUUCAAGCUGGUGAGAGUAAAACUGUGUGCGUGUUUGUCAGUUAUAAUAUGACAUGGAUCAGUUCACAAAUCUGAUUAUCAUAAAAUACUGCUGAAAAUAGGCUUUUGGUUGUGCUUGGAGUUUUUUUCUCGCUCUCUUUUUCAUUUAAUCAGAAAAGCAGAACAAUCGUUGGUGUACACCUUUGUGCCUUAUACAAGCUGUUACAAAAAUUAUGUACUCUGGUCUAUUUGGCCAAAAGGCAAUACUAAAUGUUGUCCAUCAUGCAAAAUAUACCAAAUAAAAUGCAU